AUGGUUUUCUACUUUUUCAAGUGUUGUGAAAAAGAUCAAUCUAGAGUUAAAGUCUAUAAAUAUUCUGAAUCAAAUCCUGCUGCUAUUGAUUGAAGAGGGAAGAUGACGGUUUAUUUCUGAUAUGUUUGAAUUAUGCAUUGAAAGUGAUCAGAUGUAGAANUUCCAAAUACUAUGCAGAAAAAGGUAUACUAUCUUAAUUAAUAAUAAUUUCAGCUGACACUUUACGAGCAGUUAAUAGAAAUGAAGAAGCCUUGAAAUCUUGUGAAAUUGCUCUUAAUAAAGAACCAUAUAACCACAAUUAUAUUUUAAUUAAAAGUAUAAAUGAAUAUAUUUUCUUAGUGAUUACACUAUUAUAGAUGUGUCGUUGGAAAGAAUCAUCAGAAUAAUAUAAAAUAUUAUAAUACCUCUGUCCAAAUUAGGAAUUUCUGAAUCAAAUAAAUAGUAAAUAUAAAAAUAUAUUUUUAGGUAAUAUAAUAGUAUAAAUGCAAUAAUUUAAUGAACGCUAUGGUCAAUGA